CAUACAAAGUAGUAAAUAUUUUUCCGUCGAUACUUGAAUUUCUAUUAUACGUACGUAAAAUCCUUAAAAUCAUAUAUGAAUUAUGACUGAAUCUGUACGGUUAACUAAUGAUGACUUUCGUAAGCUCUUGGCUACACCGCGGCAACCACCGCCAGGUAGUACUCCUUCACUGAAUGCAGCGGCAGCUUCGUCGUCUUCAACCGAAAAGAAAAAAACGCAAGGUUCAAGCAGUGAACGCAAUGAUUUACGCCGAAAAAAGAAAAAUUUCUAUGCAGCACUUAAAAAACAAGAGGAUGGCAAAUUGCAACAGCUCUCGGAAAAAUAUCGUGACCGAGCGCGUGAACGACGUGAUGGUGCCAAUCCGGAUUACCAAAAUGUUAGUACGCCUGGUCACAGUAGCACAAAUGCGUAUCGUGCUGUUGCUCCAGAUUUGAAAUCAGGCAUUGAUGCGGCUGAGCGUCGUCGUAGAAUUAUACAGGAGUCGAAAUUCUUGGGUGGUGAUAUGCGUCAUACUCACUUGGUGAAAGGUCUUGAUUAUGCGCUCUUGCAAAAGGUUCGUUCUGAAUUGCAAACUAAAGAGGUUGAGGAACAGGCUCUGGCGGUUGCGGCAGCAACGGAAAAAUUGGCCGAAACCGCUGCUGCUGAACAGGCUGAGGCGGAAGCCAAAGAUGCAGAUGAUCAUAUGACUAUUAAAAGUGCUUUGGCUCGUAACAUUUUUAGUUUGGUUCAAACGCGUCGAUCAAAAGAUAUUCCACGCAUUGAGCUAUUCGCUCCCGGCCGCAUGGCUUACGUUAUUGAUUUAGAAGAUGAUUUGGGGGAAACCGAUAUACCAACAACGUUAAUACGUUCAAAAUUUGAAGUACCCGUCAAUCGAGAAGACAUUGCCACACUAACUACUAAUGAUAUUGUUAUAAAUAAACUGUCACAGAUUCUUUCUUACUUACGCGCAGGUGGACGCAAUAAGAAAAACAAGAAACGUGACAAAGACAAGCCGCUUUUCUAUGAAAAAGAAAUGGAACAGUCUUUGAAUAUGCUCGAAGUAGGAGUAAAUGUGGGUACCAACUUAUCUGGUAAAGCUGCGGGUGAUAACAUCUAUGACGAUAUUGGGGACUAUCAACCAAGUACCAAGAAUGAAGGUUCAAAAUUGGUUAAAAAUAACUCAAAAAGUGCAACUGGUUCUUAUUUCGGCGAUGUAAAAGGAGUCGAGGACACAGACCCUCUGAUUACUAAUAUACCACCACCACCUAAAAUCACAAAAACUGUAACCUCGCGCUUUGCUAACGAACCUGAGGGGUAUGCCGAGUGUUAUCCAGGAUUAGAGGAAAUGAAUGACGCUAUAGAUGAUUCAGACGACGAAGUAGACUAUACUAAAAUGGAUUUGGGCAAUAAAAAGGGACCGAUUGGGCGUUGGGAUUUCGAUACACAAGAAGAGUAUUCAGAUUAUAUGAGCACCAAAGAGGCUUUGCCCAAAGCAGCAUUUCAGUAUGGAGUUAAAAUGCAAGACGGAAGACGAACUCGCAAAAACAAAACCGAAAAGAGCGAAAAGGCAGAAUUGGAUCGAGAGUGGCAGAAAAUACAGAAUAUUAUACAAAAACGAAAAUUCCCUAAAGGAGGUGCAGAAGAGCCUGAUUACAAAGCUGCUAAAUAUUAGUUUAAAAAUCAAACAAUAUCAAAUGUAUAUGCGUUUAACAAAUUUAGAGAAGUGCACAGACUUUGCUGUUUUAUUAAUUUAUAAUGUAAGUACCAACAAAUAACAUAAAUUAGCAAUUGCGUUUCGAAUAAUAAAUGUGAAAAGUGUACAAA